CCAGCUCAGACGUCUCCUCAAAUAUCUUGGCCAAGGCUUUCAGCCGUAUCAAACACGCUUGCAAGUUAUGAAUAUAAUCUGGUCGAUAUUCUCUGCUGUCUUUGCAUAAUCAACUGUGGAGGCCUGCUUCGACGUUUUACCGGCCCGUUCUAAAGAUUGCUUAAAGAUCGUUCCUUAUCAUGUGCAAGAGCGUGCAAUGGAUAAUAUUGCUUCCUGGGACUGCAGCUACUGUAUAUAGGGUCCAAUAACGCUUACGCAUUGACCAUGGCUUCCCUUGAUAUCGAUCAAGUCCGUUCCAGUUUUCCCGCUCUGAAAUCAGGUUAUCUCUUUGGCGACAAUGCUGGGGGCUCCCAGACUCUACAAUCCGUCAUAGAUCGUAUCACCGAUUAUCUCUCCAACACUAAUGUUCAACUCGGUGCUGAUUAUUUAGUAUCUGUGCAAUCUACCCAACGAGUCGCAGAUGGUGCAGUCGCAGCUGCUCAGCUUUUCAAUGCCGCAUCCUCAGAUGAAGUUGCAAUGGGACCCAGUUCGACUAUGCUCUUCGAGAAUCUUGCAAGAGCGCUAGAAAACGAGAUCCAGGCUGGAGACGAGCUUAUCAUCACCGGUGAACACGAAGCAAACAAUGGUGGCUGGAAGAGGUUAGCAGUUCGUCGUGGAGCUAUAGUCAAAGUUUGGCACGCAACUCCCACAGACCCAAACAACCCUUAUUCUGUCAGCCUCAAAGUUGAGGAACUACUUCCGCUCAUCUCGAACAAGACUAGGGUCAUCGCAUUUACAGCUUGCUCCAAUAUUCUUGGCUCGGUCGUUCCUGUUGAAGAAAUAGUUAAAGCUGCCAGACAGCAUGCUAAAGAACAGGGAGUCAAAAAAUUGGAAAUCUCCGUGGACUGUGUGGCGUAUGGACCUCACCGACGCAUUGACGUCCAGAAAUGGGACAUCGAUUACUGCGUUUUUGCUUUCUACAAGCUUUAUGGUGCACACCAUUCGGCCCUUUACGUGCGUUCACCAGCACUGAAGUUCUCUCUCACAUCGCUUGCACAUCACUUCCUUCAAGUUGACGACAAACCGUACAAGGUGCAACCAGGUGGGCCUGGUUAUGAGCUUGUAUAUAGCGCAACCGCAGUACCUGCCUAUCUCCUUUCUUUGACACCUGCGAACGACCUCCAAGCUUCUUUCGAUGCCAUUGCUCGGCACGAACAGACACUUAUCAAACCACUGAUUACGUUCCUCACCGACCCAAAGCAGGAAGCUCAGGGUGUCCGGAUCGUUGGCCAAAGCAAAAUCGAUUUAUCUAGGGUUCCUACUGUCAGUUUCGUCGUCGUAGGUCCAAAAUCCGUGAAGAGCAAGGACAUUGUGGCUGUUUUUGACAAGAGAGGCGGCAUUGGGAUUCGAUAUGGGCAUUUUUAUGCUUAUACCCUCGUCAGUGGUCUGGAGCCCAAGCUGGAUGCCGGCGACGGUGUUGUGAGGAUAUCAUUUGUCCAUUACAAUACUGUUGAGGAAGUCGAGAAAGUGGUCGAAAUACUAGAAGAGAUUCUUGCAUGAUGCAGCAUUGGGCGGUCUCUGCUAUGGUGCGAGUCUUAGGUACUGUCCACUCAGAUAUAUCAGACGAAUGGACAAAGAUAAAAGCUGCUACACAUAGCUCUCAAUAACCAUGAGAUUGUAGGCCUCUUGUGGGGUAACAGAACAUGGAACUUGUGAUGCGACGAAAGUUGUUUGACUGGCGGGGAAACCUCUUCAUCGCGAGAAUUAUAAUUCACUGU